GGAUUUGGGUUUAAGAUAUAUGGUUUGGGUUUAGGGUUUAGAGUUUGGGUUUAGAAUUUAGGGUUUAGGGUUUAGAUUUAAGGUUUAGAGUUUAGAAUUAGGGUUUAGUUAGUGACGUUAGCGUUAUUAAAAUGAAUGUCAUUAUUUUUUUAAAAUUAUUUUAGAUUUUUUUAAAAGAAAAAUGUAUUUUAUUAUUAAUCUAUGCGGCAGUUUGAUUGGUAAUAAGAGAAAAUGUGAAUUUAAAAAUUCACCUUAGGUGACCCUAAGUUUUAUUCUUUAGAAAACUGUAAGAAAAACCAACUGUAACCAGAAUCUUAUUAAUCCUGUUUCUGAUUAGUUCUUUGCCUAUUCACAAAUUUCCUAUUCUCAGGUUUUUUUUUUAAAACAUAGAUGAAAAUAACAAUUAAGUUGUGUAAACCUGUAAAAUAACCUAACAGUAAGCAGAAUCUUAUUAAUCUUGUUUCCGGUUAGUUCUUUGCACAUUCACACACUUACUAUUCUUAGGGUUUUCGAAAACCACACAUGAAAAAAACUUUCGUUCACACUUCGAUUCUUGUUUCCAACAGUAAAAACUAAUUAAAUGAAUUUAUUCGUGUUAAAAAACAAAUCUUUAUAAUCGUCUCUCCGUAAAAAAAUUGUUAGUGCAAUCUUUUCUUUGGUCUGUUUCCUUUUGUUUGUUGUUGGAUUCUUCUUCGUCUUCGUUGAGGGUUUUCAACAAUGGAGUUUGGAGAUGAUAAGAUGCUUUACCUGAGAGACACAUGGAAAGAAUCAAACAUGAUCUGCGACGUCACGCCUCUAAACCCUAGCUCUAACGGCGUUUGGCCUUCUCCUAACUUCACAGAUCCUAAUAUAAACGUUCAUUUCUGGGACCACGCGUUUCCACACUUACAGUUGAUAUUUCUCGUCAUUUCUUUCCUAUGGCAGUUCUUGCAUUUCUUCCUCCGCCGUCUCGGCAUGAUACGUUUCACGUCCCAUAUGCUUACUGGUGUUCUCUUGAGCAAGUCUUUUAUAAAUGAGAAUACAGCUGCGAGGAGAUUCUUCGCUUCAGAGGAUUACAAAGAGAUUGUGUUUAGUCUUGUUUCUGCUUGCUCUUACAUGAUGUUCUGGUUCUUGAUGGGAGUUAAAAUGGACAUGGGUUUGAUCCGAACCUCGGGGAGGAAAGCUAUCACCAUUGGUCUUUCCUCUGUCUUACUCUCCAUUUUGGUUUGUUCAGUUAUCUUUUUCGGAAACUUGAAAGACGUGGGAAACAAGAGAUCGGAUAAUACGCUUAGUUCUUUGGAAGCCGUAGUGGUUUACUCGAUACAAUGCCUUUCUUCUUUCCCUGUCGUUGGGAACCUUCUCUUUGAGCUAAGGCUACAGAACUCAGAGCUAGGUCGUCUCGCCAUCUCCGCUGCCGUCAUCAGCGACUUCAGCACCUCGGUUCUCUCUUCAUCUCUCAUCUUCAUGAAGGAGCUCAAGGACGAGCAAACACGGCUCGGGAGCAUGUUUAUAGGAGAUGUCAUCGCUGGGAACCGUCCUUUGAUGCGAGCAGCGGUAGCUGUUCUCUUUGUUUGUGUUGCCAUCUAUGUUUUCAGACCGUUGAUGUUCUACAUUAUUAGAAAAACACCAUCUGGUCGGCCCGUCAGGCCAAUCUACCUAGCUAUAAUCAUUGUUAUGGUCUCUGGAUCAGCCGUACUUGCCAACUGGUGCAAACAAUCUAUUUUCAUGGGACCUUUCAUAUUAGGUCUCGCUGUUCCUCAUGGCCCUCCUUUAGGCUCGGCGAUCGUUCAGAAGUUUGAGUCAGCAAUAUUCGGCACUUUUCUUCCGUUUUUCGUUGCCUCAUCUUCAAGUGAGAUAGACAUUUGGGCUUUGCUUAAUUGGAGUGCACUCAAUGGCAUUAUAUACAUCAUGGUAACAUCUUUCGUCGUCAAGUUUAUUUUGACCACUCUUCCUGCUUUGUUCUACGGUAUGCCAAUGGAAGACUGCUUCGCCAUCUCUCUUAUUAUGUCUUUUAAAGGCAUCUUCGAGCUCGGUGCCUACGCCUUGGCCUUCCAAAGAGGGUCUGUCCGUCCUGAGACCUUCACCGUUGCAUGUCUUUACAUAACGUUGAACUCCGCAAUCGUACCUCCGAUUCUGAGGUACUUAUACGACCCAUCGAGGAUGUACGCAGGGUACGAGAAGCGGAACGUGCAGCACCUGAAACCGAACUCCGAGCUGAGGAUCUUGUCGUGCAUCUACAGAACAGAUGACAUAAACCCAAUGAUCAACCUCCUUGAAGCCAUAUGCCCGUCCCGGGAAGCUCCUGUAGCAGCCUACGUUCUCCACUUGUUAGAGCUCGUGGGGCAAGCCAACCCCAUCUUCAUUUCCCACAAGUUACAGACUUGCAAAACAGAAGAGACGUCUUUCUCAAACAAUGUGGUUCUCUCCUUUGAAAAAUUCCACAAAGAUUUAUUCGGUUCGGUCUUCGUAAGCACCUUCACGGCCGUGUCUAUGCCCGAUACGAUGCAUGGAGACGUAUGCAUGCUUGCAUUAAACAACACUACUUCUCUCAUCCUCCUUCCUUUUCACCAGAGUUGGUCUGCUGACGGAUCAGCUCUCAUCUCGGACAGCAACAUGAUCAGGAACCUUAACCAGAGCGUUCUUCAAGUAGCGCCAUGCUCUGUCGGAAUCUUUGUCUAUAGAAGCAGCUACGGUCGGAGAAACAUCAAUGACACGGUUUUAAACAUGUCAUCCUACAAAGUAUGUAUGAUCUUCAUUGGUGGUAAAGACGAUAGAGAAGCCGUGACACUUGCGACUAGAAUGUCACGUGACCCUAGAAUUAACCUGACCGUGGUCCGAAUGACUACUGUCGAUGAUAAAGUAAAAGAAAUCUCGGAGUGGGAUAAAAUGCUUGACGAUGAACAUCUUAGAGAGAUGAAGAGCAACGCAUCAGUAGAUGUCUUUUAUACUGAAAAGGCGAUCUUAGACGCUACUGAGACACCGGGUGUGAUGAAAUCGUUGGCGAGUGAGUUCGAUAUGUUCGUAGUGGGGAGAGGAAAAGGGAGGAAGAGUGUGUACACGGAUGGGCUUGAGGAGUGGAGUGAGUUUAAGGAGCUUGGUGUUAUUGGUGAUUUACUGGCUUCACAUGAUAUCAAUUCUCAGGCUUCUGUUUUGGUUAUACAACAACAACAGCUUAUGAUUUAGGUCAAUGUUCCUUGUUACCUACGCAAUUCAUUUGUAGUUUUACCAAUUUUCUUUUCACUAUAGUCAUUCGAAAGUUAAUUGUAAUUAUGGUAUUCUUUUGUAAAUUUCACUUAAUCCAUUCAAAUUUUUUUUUUGUAACUUAAAUUUCACUUAAUCCAUUCAAAUUUUACUUUCUGGAAAACUCAGUUUCUCGUUAAGAUAAAGCUUUGUUCAUCAGAAGAGCAAAUUAACUGAGAAGAAAUUGAUUGGUGUAUGUCAUGUAUCAUCAACAUAAUGUGGAUUCACCCAUGAUGUGAAGUACUUCUCUGUUUGAUGAGGUCAUUGACAUGUGACACUCACUCAUGUUGUUGAGCUACUAAAACAGAAACUCUAGUUCUUAGAUCUUCAGAUGCAAGCAGCUCCGGUCUAACAUUUUCAAUUUUUUAUGUCUUAUUAUGUUCACUUAAAACUUUGCGUCUUUUUAUUCAUGUGAAAUUUUAUAGUGUUAUAUAUACAAUUAAAAUUUUCAUUUAAAAUCAUGAUGUGCUAAGCGGUGGGGUUUUUUUUACCUAUGCUCUGGACCGGCCAUAGAUGCUAGCAAACCGGAUGCCUCCUAACUCCUAAAGCUCCAUCCACUCAGCUAAUCCAGAGAAACCCCCAGUGAUUCAUCAUCAUUGUGAUCUUUCUCCCUAUAAUCACCAAGUCAAUACUUUUUCACCACCAAUGUUUAUUGUGGUGACCACCGUUGAGAAUCUUCUCCGAGUAGGUGAAACUUUCGGCCGUGGAAUAUGUUUCCUCCAAAUCAUUCAAGACUCUGUCAACACUAAGUGGUUGAUUGUUUGUGGUUUUUGCUUUAGUUUUUGGUUUUUGCUUUUGUAGAAACCAUUUUUCAUCCAAUCAAGUUUUUGGUUUUAAUUUUUGUUUUUCUAAAAACCAUUUGAGUUGCCAAUCAAGAUUUUCAAUAAAUAGAUUCCCUAAAAUUUAGGGAAACUAGUUUUUGAAAAGUUUAACCAAUUUAUGAAGAAAAACCAAAAACCAACUUUUGUGAGCUUUUAUGAAGAAAAACGAAUUUUGAUUUUUUUUUGUAGAAACUACUACAUUAUAAUUAAUUAAUAAUUAAUAAAUAA